UGUUACAUAUACUAGUUUGUGGUAUUUUGUUAGAUUCCUCGUGUAAGUGAUAUCAUAUAGUAUUGCCGCUGUUUUCUCCUACUUAAUAAUUAUGUUUAGUCUUUCGUUUUAUCUAACCAAAAGUAUCUAAAACACACCAACUGGGAAAUGAAAAAAGGGUACAAAUGAACUUAUCUACAAAACAAAUAAAAUUAUAGAUGUAGAAAGCAAUCUUAUGGUUAUCUGGGGUAAGGCAGGGAGGGAUGAAUUGGAAGCCUGAGGUUGUGUAUAAAAUAGAUGAGGAAUAACGGCCUUCUGUAGCGCGGGGAGCUCUACUCAGUACUCUGUGAUGACCUAUAUGGAAGAAGAAUCUAGAGAAGAGUGGAUAUAUGUAUAACUGACUCACUUUGCUAUAUACCUGAAGCUAACACAACAUUGUAAAUCAACUAUACCCCUAGGGAAAACAAAUUUUAAGUAAUGAAAAGAACAAAACUCUCAAUGGAAAAGAAAAUGAAAGUCAAAGCAAAAUACAUGUACCAGAUACAUACCAGUGUUUGAUAUAUAUUAUAAUAGUAUGUAUAAUAAAAAAUCCAUAUAUAACAUGGGGUUUCCCAGGUGACACGGUAGUAAAGAAUCCGCCUGCCAAUGCAGGAGAUGCAAGGAUGCAGGUUGAAUCUCUGUGUCACGAAGAUCCCCUGGAGUAGGAAAUGACAACCCACUCCAGUGCUCUUGUCUGGAAAAUUCCAUGGACAGAGGAACCUAAAGGGCUACAUAGUCUAUGGGGGUCACGGUCAGACGCAUAUGUUUGUAUGCAUAAUAUAUAUUUUCUGUGGGUUUCUUAUAGAUAAAUUAAUGAUGUAUGGAACGAAACAAGCCCUGAAACCCUUGAACUGUUGGGUUGCCCAGUCCAAGGGAUGCUGAUAUUUGUACUACACAAGAUAGCAACCAGUUAAACGUGAAUUGUUCAGAAAACAAUAUCAUAUACAUUUUUUAAAAGAUGUUUGGUCGCCAACCAGCAGAAGUCAUUAUGGUUUAAUUUCUUCUUAUAUAUCUGUUUGGAAUCUAUGCUAUCAUUGCGAAAUCUUAGAAGAUGAUAUCGUGUAUUAUUGUUUAAGAAGCCGCAUCAUUGAGGGAAGUUAACAGUAGAGAUUCGGAUAUCCUUAUUAAUUAUAAAUACCGACUCCUCUGUCUAAGAGAGAGGACUGAUUUAAAACUGGGGAGAGAACAACAGCCACACCAUCAGGAGCAGGAGCGGCAGCGGCGGCGGCGGCGGCCUCCCCCACCCCUAUCCCCGCAGUCACCUCGCUGUCCCCGGGGGCGGGGGGCGGGGGAGGCGGCAGCGACGGCGGCGGCGGCGGCGGCGGCUGGACUAAGCAGGUCACCUGCAGGUAUUUCAUGCAUGGGGUUUGUAAGGAAGGAGGUAACUGUCGCUACUCACACGACCUCUCUGACAGUCCAUAUGGUGUAGCGUGCAAGUAUUUUCAGCGAGGGUACUGUAUUUAUGGAGACGGCUGCAGAUAUGAACAUAGCAAGCCGCUGAAACAGGAAGAAGCAACUGCUACAGAUCUAACUGCAAAGUCAUCCCUUGCUGCUUCCUCGAGUCUCUCAUCAGUUGGACCGACUGUUGAUAUGAAUAUGGGCAAAGCUGAGUCAAGAAAUUCAAACUUUGCAACUACUGUAGGAGCCGGUUCAGAAGACUGGGUGAAUGCCAUGGAGUUUGUUCCGGGGCAGCCCUACUGUGGCCGGACUGCACCUUCCUCCGCUGAAGCCCCGCUGCAGGGCUCAGUGACCAAGGAAGACGCAGAGAAGGAGCAAAGUGCAGUGGAGACCAAGAAGCAGCUCUGCCCCUACGCUGCAGUGGGGGAGUGCCGCUAUGGGGAGAACUGCGCGUAUCUGCACGGAGACGCGUGUGACAUGUGCGGGCUGCAGGUCCUCCAUCCCGUGGAUGCCGCCCAGAGGUCACAGCAUAUAAAAUCCUGCAUCGAGGCCCACGAGAAGGACAUGGAGCUCUCGUUCGCGGUGCAGCGCAGCAAGGACAUGGUGUGUGGCAUCUGCAUGGAGGUGGUCUACGAGAAAGCCAGCCCCAGCGAGCGCCGCUUCGGGAUUCUCUCCAACUGCAACCACACCUACUGUCUCAAGUGUAUUCGCAAGUGGAGGAGUGCUAAGCAAUUUGAGAGCAAGAUCGUAAAGUGAGACUCCUCCCCAAUCUUCGUUUGUGCUUUCAAAUAUUUUGGGGAAGAAUUUAGUAUCUUGUGCCAACUUUCAGCCAGAUGGACCGCAUUUAAAUGCAUGCAUUUUAUCUCGAAACUGGGGUAUUCUUCUAAUUGGGAGUUCUUUGUAUUUCAGCUAGCUUCUAGAUUAGUUGGUAUAUCUACUUUUAUUUGAACGAGGAAAACCCUAUGUAUCAGUUAGUAGAAUCUUCGUGCUUUUUUCUGAGGAGAUUGUGUUUAAUGGAUUAGCCAGUUUAGGCUCAGAGAAGCGUAUCUAGCUCUGAAUGUAUGUUUCCUGGCAUUUUACAUUUUCCACUUUCCUAUUCCAUCCAUUAAGCUAGCCAAUAAUCCACCAUCCUUUAAAAAUUGUUCUCAUAACUGAACAAAAACUACAUAAUCUAAACAGAGCAAAGUUACAAGAAAUAAAUUUAUUUAAACGAAAAAAAAAAAAAACUGGGGAGACAUCACUAACAUGAUAACAAGGAUCGGGAGACUCAGAUUACCAGCUUGGCUUACUGUGUUGGCCGCUAAACUGUGAUUUCCUCCAACACUGGCAAACAUUUAGAAAUCGAACUUUUGCUGUUAUAAGCAACACGCCCACUCUGCCUUCCUGGCAGUGAAUAGACGUGACCCUGGGGAAGAAAAGGAUUACGAAACGGUCCUGUGGUCUUCUGCCUGGUUCUGUGCUGACUGAGACUCCAGCCGGGUGCAGAGCAGGGGAGGGGCCAGAUGGUGAGCGGGCAGGACCCUAUGAGGCUUUCCCAGAAAAGAACCCCAGCCAAGCCUUCCGCCUGCCUUUUGUCUGUAGAAAAACUUUCAUCAAAGAAUAAAUUUGGGGACUUCCUUGGGGGUCCAGUGGGUGAAGACUCUGAACUUCCACUGCAGGGAACGCAGGUUUGAUCUUUGGUUGGGGAACAAGAAUCCUACUUACCGUGCGAUGUGGCCAGAAAAUUAAAAGUAAAAAAAUUUUUUAAAGCAUGAAUUUAAUCAGAGAAGUGAGAAAAUGCAGAAAGAAAAGGAAAACAGUCAAACAAGCCAAACUAAUAAUACUUCAGCCAGUAGACAAAGUCAAGGACCUUUAUUUAGUUCUUCCUCGAGGUCUAUAGAUAUUGUUCUGUGCCUUAUAUGUGAACUGUUUAGCGGAUACUGAAACCCCUACCAGGUGGAGGAAGUUAACUGUAUGUUGCCCACAAGCACGCCAACCCCAGGCCACUUGGAACCAGAAGGUUGAUGACGCUGCCUCUUGGUUACCUCACCACCGACCACGGCUCCGUAAACACUGUGAGACGCCUCAGUGCCACCACCAGUCUGGGACACAGGCUUAAGGUGUUGCCUGCUGUGGCCCUCUUUGCCUGGCCAAACAGUAAAGCUAAUUUCUUUCUACUUCACCCAACUCUUCCUUAAAGGUUUCAUCCCACACCACUGUAUGGAGGCCGGAUUUUGGCAACAAAUUGGGCGUUCAAUAUAGGGUUGACUUAGGGGCAGCCCCACGGGGGUCCCCUGGUUUGACCAGACUCUCCGAGGUCAUUCCUCCAUGCCAGCCUCUUUUGAGAAGACAGAGGGUUGGAAGAUUCCUUCAGCGGCCAGGUUGCCUGGGACCCUUAUCAAGAAGGCUGAGCUCAUCAUACCAGCCUAUACCAGCCUGAAUUUUUCUGCUCCAAAGAAUUGUUUGGAGGAAGGAGAAAGCAUCGGGGACAUGGAGACACCUUGGCCAGCAUCUGGAGGCCAAGAAUCCCGGCGUCUUUCCUGAGGUUCAACAAUAGCCUUUCAUCUUGGGGGCUCGUCUGGGAUUCUUCAGGACAAGAUGGGAGCUGACAAUUCCAGCCUCACCCCUUUGAACUGUAUCCUGAAAAACUGGGAUAGGUUUGAUCCCCAGGGCUUAAAGAAGACACACCUGGUCUUCCUAUGUGAUACUGCAUGACCACAGUACCCACUGGAAGACAGUGAACGGUGGCCAGUUGGAGAGUCUCCUGUCCUAAUGAGGGCUCAAACUGUCCCCAAAAGGGAGGGACUGUCCCCCUUUGAAUGUAUUUAUCGAAGGCCUUUCUUAUGCACGGACAUUGUUAUAGACCCCGAAGCCUUGGAAUUAACUAAUUAUGUAACUCAGCUCUCAGCUUUUCAACUGGCAUUAACAGAACUCCAGGAGACGACUCCUGACCCAGCCUCUGAGUCAAGCAAGCCUCUAUUUAAGCCAGGAACCGAGGUCCUCAUAAAAACAUUGGGGUCUGGGGGCUCAUCCCUCAAGCCCCUCUGGGAAGGCCCUUACCAGGUUAUUCUUUCUUCUCCCACAGCUCUCAGAGUGCCAGGAAUUUAUUCGUGGGUACAUCACACUCGAGUUAAGAGGUGGCACCCUGACCAGAACUAAGUGACUUCGUUUUAUGUCUUUACUUUCUAUGCUCUGACUUUGUACUUUUCAGAUGGGCCUGAUAACCUAUGUGAGCCUACUUAUGCUGACUCCAAAAAUCCUGAGUCUGCCGUCUGAUCCUCAAGACAACGCCUUCCUCUCCUGGGCUCACUCCUAUGCUGCAUUCCACAAUCGGUCUAACUGCUGGGUUUGUGGCGCGCUCCCCUCUUCAUCAGUGGAAGGCUUCCCGUGGUGGACAUCUCCACUUCAAGGAAAAGACUUUCUCCAAGUCUGCGAAUACCUUCGACAACAAUCAUAUGUGAUGCCUCUUCUUAAACUGAUGACAUCUAACAACCCUAUAAUGGACUGGUGCAACACGUUGUUCUUUAACUAUGGACACAAUGUGACGUUUAAUUUUGAUUAUACAUUGUCUCGGUUCAAUGACUAUUUUGCUACACACAAGGCAAAUAGGUCUAAAUCUAAUGGUUUUUUACCUGAUGUUUAUCAAAUAUGGGAUGAGGUUAUAUGGUUAACUCCUGAAAAAGGACGUCUAAUAUCUACUGCCCCUAUUUGCUGGGAACAAAUAGAGCCAUCCCCAGAAUUUAGUCAACAACUUAAAUUAUAGUGAUUGGAAACCCUUGGGAUUUUUGCCUCAGGAAAUAUGCAGUGUAAUCAUUCCCAUGUUUUCCAACCCCAAUUCAGGUCCUCCCUUUGUCUGGCCAGGCACUGAUUGGGACUGGAUAUCUAUGUCAUGCUGGCUUGCUCCAAACGGGACUUAUUGGACAUGUGGCUCUUACCUAUGGGCAUGGCUUCCCCCUGGGUGGACAGGGAGAUGCACCCUAGGUCUAGCCUUUACUCACGGCUUUAUAUUUUCAGAGCUUCCAGAGAAGCCUGCUAAUUUACCCCACCUUACAACUCGGUGGGCACGGUCUGUAUUUCACUGGUAUGGUUAUUUGGCUGCAGUGUUUGUCCCCUCUUUGGGAACUACAGAUGUUAUGCUACGAGUGGAUGGUUUGACUAAUUGUACUCAACAGGCAUUACAAGGUUCUCAGAAAGCUAGUUCAGCUCUUAAUGCUGAACAAGCACAGAUUAGAAAGGUGGUUUUACAAAACAGAUUGGCUUUAGAUAUCUGACAGCCGCGCAAGGAGGAACUUGUGCCAUUCUUCAUACCCAGUGCUGUGCAUAUAUACCUGAGAUGAGCACUAAUGUCACUCACUUUACUAAACACAUGACCCAGAUGACUGGGGCUAGGGAUACUCCCGAAGCCUCAAUUGCUUCACUUUGGGAGACGUUAACUACUUCCCCAGGGUGGAAAGCUAUCUUAAUUACAAUAAUUCUGAUUGUUCUAUUUUUGUUGUUUGCUCCCUGCAUCUGUGUCAUUGGAUUUGUUUCUAGUCCAUGAAGGCUUUUAAGUUAGAAAUGGUUGUCCAAGCUCCUAGGAGUGCCACAGCCUCUUUCAAAUAUUACUUGGGACCCCUGGAUGAGAGACCCUCAAUACGAGGGUUAGCAGAAUAUGUUGCCUCAACAACUUAGGGACCACGCCCCUAAACAGCAGGAAGUAGUUAUGGAACGAAAACGGCGCCCCUUUCCCUUGGCAACAUAAUUCUCCUAAAAGCAAAGGGGGGAUGAGAGAGUCAAUUCCUAGGCAGGUUGAUAGGAAGUCCAGGGGUCCCCAAGGAGAGAGGGGUCUGGAAUUCUCAAGGAGGAAGAAAGGACAAACUUUUUUUCCCUCUACAUUCCUUAGGAUUAUAUAACAAUAAUGUAUCCUGCUUGAGGACAGUCUCUGGAAAAAAAACCUUCUGGCUAAUCCUGUUAUCUCAAAAUGUAAAUUAUGGCAGUAGGUCUGGUGAGGUCUUUACAAACUCCAGACAUUCUUUUGAUUCACUGUAAUAUCUAAUUUGAGAGUAUAUGACUCCAUGGCUAAUGCUAGCAAGGGGGUACUCUUUCUGCCCCCUUCUGAUGUCUAUGUCGGAAGCUUUCUUUAUCCCUUUGAUACUUUAAUAAACUUUAUUACACAAAA